CCACCCAAGUAUACCGUCAUGCGCUGAAACACGAAACAACCAUGUGUUUAAGGGCCUGUAUUUAAUAUUAAACCUAGUUUAAGCAUGCGUAAAGUUUACGUACUUGUAGCUUUAACAAUUUUCAGCGCGGCUAUGUCAACACGGCUGCCGCGGAAAUUGACAACCGAUCCGCCAUGUGUAGGGUUCUCUUGCAACGGCAAAUUGAAGAAUCAGAAUCAUUUUCCUUUCCCGCCAUGCUCGCAGGAAUGUCCCGACCGCGAAAUCCAGUCCCAAAGAAGAACUGGGUCGGCGGCUGGCGGGAAUGUAUUUGUGACUAUUGUGGAAGCACAAAACCUAAACGAUCAGGAUGGUAAGGCAACUCCUGAUGCAGGCAUUGCGAAAUGGAGUGAUGCUUAUGUCCGCGUUCAGGUGGGUAUACCCGGCUUUUGGUCGACCAGAGAAACUGGUCGAAUUGGGAACGAGAACAAACACUGGUUGGGCAAAAAAAUGUCUAUGGGAUGGCAUCGUUCAGGUGAGGCACUGGUGCUCUUUCAGGUGCUGGACUACGACACUGGCCUGGAACUAUUAGAUGGUGGCGAUGAUUUACUAGGGGCCGGAUCCUUUUGGCUUCCUUUCUGCUCAAGCCUCGCCGUGGAGUACAACCACUCUGUUUGUGAUGAGAGCGGCUGCUUUGAAAACGAUAUGCCCUGGGGUCUACAGCGCCGAAAGCUCUGUCGCGAAGAAGCCUGGAUUCGCUUGAAUGCAAACGCAUCAGUUCGCGUAGUUAUUGAAAUUGUGCCCUUUCAGGUCCAUGUUAUUGAAGGAGAAGACUUCUUAACGACAGAGUUUAUAGCUUAUAGUACAACAUCCGCUCUUGAUGCAGAUGGUGCUGUUUUGCUGCAGACAAAAAGCCAUGUGAGCCGGUCUGUAAAUGCACAGGUGGCUCUAAAUGCACAGGUGGGUCUAUAUGCUGAGCUUUCUAUAAACGCAGAUGCCACGCUGACUCUCUGUCGCCCGACUAGCUGCCACAGGCUUCCAGAUUGGCUUCGGGAAUGGGAGUACGUUGUGUCGAUCCCAAUUGUGCAAGAGGAACAAAGUCUAGGCUACUCUUGCUACCAACACGACUUCGCUCCGGCGGUCCGUGACCAAUAUGGUAUUAUAGCACAAAAUAUGAUAAAUCUUGGAUGGCCAGAGUGCGAAAUGGACUACUUCAUUGUGUUUGAACCACACUUUGGCACCAGUGCUAAAGGGCAUCGAUGGCAAAUUCGUUUCGAAUGUAUUGCACUUCUUGUCAGGCUGACACAACUGGGAACUCCACUCCUGAUUUAUAUGUCAGGCGCUCUUAGAUUAUUGUCAAUGUGUAAGUUUAGGCUGCACCGUUUGGGCGCACACAUGCUCACACCAGAGAAAGAAGGCGGGGGAUCUACAGGGGCAACAAUCAUAACCAGCUUAUUUCAAAGCGAUGGCAUUUCGAUUAACAAUUGCGAGUUUCGCCACAACUACUACUGGGCAACACGCUGCGCAUUAAACAUGCUUGCAGUGCCCUGGAUUGUCUUCUGGACGUGCGGCAUCAUCAUUACCAUGACCGUGCGACCGCCACACUUGGGACUUUUCAUAAUGUUCGUUGGCACUGCCAUUCAGUCACUUGGAUUUGCUCUCGCUCUUUGGAAACUUGAGCGAUGGCGUCUCACGCGAGCUAUCUUGAGUGCUUUGGUGUGUAGUGUGACGUGUACAUUUGGCUUCCUAUUUGUCAUUGUUGUGUUCGGUCCUUCACUAGCAAAUGAUAAUGCCGAACAAGAGAUUGACUUCCUCUCAUUCGCAACGGUCUUUCUCGCUUUGGGGCUCAUCCCAUUCACCCUGGAAGUCAUGGAAUUCAAUGCAGAUAUCUGUCGCGCAAAAAGUGACCUCGUGCGUGCACUUACGAAUGCGGCAACUAUUAUUGAAUCAAAGCACCCCGAUGGUGCAAAACACGACUACUGGCUGAUGAAGGAAUGUUAUAGUGCUUCGUCGUCUUCGCCUUAUUUUGAUUUCGUACCCGAUAUUGCAGGGCAUCUCUGCGGGUUCAGCAAUUGUUUGAAUUCAAGAGAGAUGGCUGCGGUGCGUUGUGCAUUACUCCGCACAGCAUCUCGACUAGUGCUUCUUAUGCUUGUCGUUGGUGCUUUCAUGCUGACUACAAAAGGAUACCUAGCACUAGUUUAUGCCCUCUUUUUUAGUUUGACUGACACCAUCAGUUCUAAUCUUGACCUUGAUUGUGCCCGCUGGUCACCAAGUAAAACAGUUCAUCUCAUGAUUGCUUCACGUGCAAUUGUCGUCCUCAUCGAUACACGAUUUUGGGUUCUUGGUAUAUCUAUGGUGUACUGUGUAUAUGGAAUAUCUCUACUGCGCAAUAUUGUGAACAAACGCCUGCCGUAUAUUGAUCAUCUAGAAGCCUGCAGUAUGAUUUUCCUUGCGACAAGAAAUAAGAUGCCAAAAGUUGUUCACCCGCCCUCCUUUGAUGUAGCUAGUACGCCAGAGUGUGCUUUGUUGGUGUUGACAGCAGCGCUGUUUGUUAUCACUUCGGUUGCCGAGUACGCAAACCCACCUGGACUAUCUUUGCCACUCUUGCGCUUUGGUGAUCGUGCAGAGCUCCCUUCUCGCGUUAUACCAAUUGUGGUCUGGCUAUUUGUUGCAUUUGCCGGCUCAAUACAUGGCCAUGUCCGAGCAGCCUACCUUGAUACUCAAAGUCUGCUGAUGGGUGGUGCAGCUAUGGCAUAUGUUAUCACUCCAUCAUUCAACUUACCCAAAAUAUUGGCAAGUCUUGCGUAUCUAUGUCUCAUUGCAGUGGGCUUACUGUUGUGGGGAGCUACGGAGGCGCCUGCUGCCCUUGCUGUUUUUGCCCUUGGUCCGCUCUGUGUCAUCAUUUCUUUACGUGCCUUUUCGAUUUGGCUAGCCAAUGAUUGUGAGGUCGUCAUCUGGCCACCUGCCACUGAAGACGUUCCCGAAGUAGAUGAUUCCGAGUCAAAACUGGCCUUUGAAGUACUACAGGCAAUGAUGAACAAACCCCAGAAGGGAUCGGGUGGCGUCAAAACUUUGAGAACUCUUCAAAUGCCGCAUGUCGUACAAGUCCGAAAUGAGAAUCAGCAUGCCGAAUGCUCUCCUACUGUUCAAAUGCCGGUUCUGCCGCCAAAAUCUAUCAUCAAGCAGCGCGCAUUCUCGUCAAGGCGGCUGUACUCCCCCCCUGUUGAUACAUUGCCUCAGCGGCGAAAAGUAAUUGAAACUGGCUUACAUGCAUGUCGUGUCACUAAACUAAAACGGAGCCUCAGUGAUGAUUCUCACAAACGCAAGGAAUCCAAAUCACUACCAAAUCUUACCUUGAUGGAAAUUUGUACUCACUGCACUGGGCUUAUAUGUAAAAGUAUGACCAAUGAAACUUACGCUUGGCAAACAGCAGACCAGGUUUGGUUUCAGGUCCCGUUGUGGGAGGCUGUUCUGACAGGUUGCCUCCUCCAAGAUGAAUAUAUCACUGUGACUUGUGUCGUCCUUGUGCCUCUUCUGGUCAUGGUUCUAGGCGGUCUACUUUCACAUAUUGCAUAUCCUCCGUACGUUGGUCACCUUCUCUGGACAGUGAACACGUUUCUAUUUCUCACUAUCUCUCCUAUAAUAAAAUGGUUCAAAACCUACAAAGCUGAGCGCAACAUGAUUUUUGCCAGCUUGGUCGGAUAUUUGCUAUUUGCCGGCACAUUAGGGUGGGCAUACAAAGCCUGGUUAGAUGGGCGAAUUGACGUUGUUGAAGCAAUGUGGCUUAUUGAUACGCUUGUCCUGUACCCGGUGGGCCUGUAUAACCUCUAUCAAGUAAUAGCUUGGGUUGACCACGGCUGCAAAGAUCCAGGUUCAAUCUGGGGCAAUCCAGAAUUGAAUGAGUCACACAAGAGGAAAUCGAACUCAGGAAAUUUUUGCGUGUCGCCUAUUUUCCGCAGACUCUACUUGGGUUUGGUGCAGAUAGCGAAUUACUUACUUGUUUUUUUCAUGUUGGCCCAAAUCUAUCUCUGGAGCUCACCGGCAAUGGCACUAGCGUGCUGCUUUACUUUGCUAUGGUUUGCGGGCGCAUCAUACUUUAUAUGCAAAUGGGCAGAGAACGCCUUUUAUCUACCGCCAAAUCUGUUGCGCUCAUCAGACAUCGCGAUCCGCAGUGUUUGCAUUGUACUGAUCUUGUGUGUUGUUGUUUUCACUGGUUCGUCAUCUAUACUGAUUCUCUCAGUGGUUUUCGUGCUACAGCUGUGCAAAUGCAUUAUAAAGAUAUUGGACCUGGUCCACCUAGAUACAGAUCGAGUAUAUUGGUUCGCUCCUACUCUCUUUCCGGUAUACUCAUAUUCAGCACAGAAUGGUAUUCUAGUAGAUGAAACGCGUCUCACUGUCCGGUGUGUCCUGUUUUGUGGAAUAGGGGUGUGUUGGACUGCAGCUCUGGCUUGCUUCAGCCAAUGUAUUUCCAUUGGGACCACUCUUUUCUUUUUCUUCAUCUCGCUUUUUGUUUCAGUCUCUACCAAUGCCUGCUCACAAGUGCCCCUGAAAAUGGGCGUCGUCGCCUCGUAUCCUUCCUCGGAUAUUUUUGUAGAUGCCGCCCUAGCGACGUUGCGUAGACAUGAGGAGGAUAUUUGCGCAGAGGCAUCAAAAUUUGAAGUUCGUUGUGAUGAAUGGGAUGGUCCUGAAGGUCAGCAUGAAGUCAAUUCUCAGGGACACAGCAAUUCAAAGACGACAGAGAGUGAACCAAUCAGCACAGGUCAUUCUGAUUUCAGGUCAUCGGCACAGGCAAUCGCAAUGAGGAUCGAUGUCGCAGAAUUUGCAUUGAGGCUAGUUACCCUCGGCGAUGAACAGCAAGCGGUAUGGCGCGCAGAUGCCAUCUACACCGACCGUGAUGCUCUCGCAGAAACAUGCGCAUCUCGUGGCCCUUUUGGCUGUAUUGGAUCUGCGGCUUGGAUGUUUCGCGGCUUGGAGUUGAAGAUUUUGUGCAAUUGCCUCAGAGAUUUUGAUAAGGAGGGGCAAAGAGUCGUCGCGCAAGAUACUGUGGAAAUGGAGGCUAUGCAGGCGAUCAUUCAACUUAUCGAGCUUGAUAUCUCUUUCCGCAAUCAUUUUGCAGGUGAGCUAAAGGCCCUGGCCCACUUUCAUUUCCUUGUGAUAACAGCCAACGAUGCUCAUUUGACACACAAGCAGAUUACCUUCAGAAAGUUUGUUAGUGAGAGUCGUUUCAAAUUAAUUUCCAAUGGAAUCUUACCACCAAGCAAGGUGCUUCAAGCGCCCGACUCCACAAUGCUCAACAUGCGACUUGCUGCAUCUUGGCUUCAGUCUCUUAGCCAGGAUCAACGUGAGCGCUUCUACUUGCUACAAGACAAUUUCACCGUAGAGCAGAUAGAUCACGAAUUGAAAGUAGACCAGCAAGACCGUGAAGAGAUUGUGGCUGCGCGUGCACUUUCCCAAAUGCGCGCCUACACUGAGCAAGAGAAUGCCGCCAAGAGCAUGAGUGCUUGCUUAGUUCGGCGCUCUAGGCGCACCUCAAAUUGGCUGGAGUCUCUCAGGCCAGAGGAUCAAAAUCGCUUUGUAACUGUACUUCAAAGGGAAUGGGAAAGCAACAUGCACCCUGCGAUUGAAACUGGAGAUGAGCCCAUGCGCAAGUCUUAUGAGCUGCAUGUGCUCCUGAAUAACGAGGAGACGGUGGGGAAUUGCCGUGAGCGCCUUGCAGAGCUCGAGGCAGGUGAAUCAGACUGUUAUCCGUCAAGAGCACGUAAAGGGACUUUGCAGUUUAUUGACCCUGAAUUUCAGCCUAGCGCGUCAACGUUGGGGCCCUGCUUUGGAGCCAACUUUGUUGGCACAUGGAAUCACGCCCUCUCGGUUAAUCCACAUGCUGUCCUCUUCGCGGAAGGCGGCGAACCUGAUGAUGUCCGCCCAGGGGUCUGUGUCAAUGAUAAUUGGCUUAUUGCAGUGCUCGCUAUGCUCUCCACGGUUGGUGUCAAAAAUGAUGCCGACGCAGGUGCUCAGAUUAAAAAACUCUUCAUCAACAUGAUUGAUCUUGAAGGCAGCAUCGUAUAUGACUCUGCCGUCGGAGCAUUUGGCCUCCAAUUAUUUGCUAACGGUCAGUGGGAAGCCGUGGUUGUAGAUGAUGCGCUUCCAAUGCUCGGCGAUGGCUCAGGUGGCAGUGGUAUUGAUGCACUUGUUGCCCUUGACGCAUUUGGGCGCGAACGGAACUCAUUUCAGUAUCCUGACUGCGUCGACCAAAAUUUGAAGCUCGAUGUGGCUGCUUCUUUAGAUGCAAUCUUACUAGAGACCUAUAAAGAACGUUACAAGGACUGUGCGGGUUUUGCUAUCGCACACGUCUCUGAGAUGGCUGAGCUUUGGCUGUCCCUCCUAGAAAAGGGUGUCGCCAAAUACUAUGGCAGCUAUGGUGCCAUCGAGAGUGGAUUCGUUCAUCAAGGGCUUGAGCUAUUCACUGGAAAUCGUGCUGAGUGCCUGCACAUCGCACAGGCUUCUCGUGGCUUUGGCAAACGAGCACUUUGGGGUAACCUCCUGCGCUCGCAUCAAAGUGACUACAUUCUGGGGGCUGGUGCUAUUCCAGCUGAGCAUGCUGCAUUGUCGCUUCAUCUCUCUGGACUUAUGUUUGGAGCAACAUAUACUAUUUAUGACAUCAUCGAUGUGUUUCCGGAAAGGCACAAAUUGAUCAAGCUGCGCAACCCUGCUGGCCACAGGGACAUUUUCAGAGGUGCAUGGUCGCACUCAUCCACUCUCUGGACAAAACGCCUGCGCAACAAGUUAUUUCACGGCUUAGAGCCCCAUACAUUCUGGAUGUCAUUUGAUGAGUUUUGUAGUGUAUUCCGAUGCAUUUUUAUAUGCCACUACUAUUCAGAAAAUGCUUUGUGUUGGAAGAGAAAGUGCUUAUCUGGGGAGUGGAGUUGUGGUUAUCCUGACAAUCGUGAGAACACGGCGCCCGGUCUCCCCUCACGGCAUAAUCCAUGCUGUGAGGUUGAACGUAACCCCCAAUACUCUGUUGUUAUUCAUCGACCCACCACACUGCGCGUGUCUGUUAAGCAGGUUCACACGAAAGGCCAUGCCGCGAUGUUACCUGUAGCCAGCUACAUUUGCCGUGCCACACGGCGAGAUCACAGGCGUGUCAAUCGUAUCACCAAGCUAGAAAAGAACAACUUAAUUAGCUCGACGGGCCGGGCAAGACGCGAACGUGUCAUUGAGACUUGUGUGGAUUGUCUAGAUCGCGGUGUCUAUGUUAUAUUGGUCGGCGCCUUCCAAGCUGAGAUGGAGGGUCACUUUACGCUUUCUGUUAUUUCCAAUAAUGAAGUCUUGAUUGCUCAAAUAUGGCCCCCAACUUGGCGCUCACAAAACAGGCAAGUUACUGUAGAGCAAAAGCGAUCGGGGCAUGUGUAAAAGUAGCUUGGCACGAGAAAUCCUGCCCUGCGUUAGAUUGACGCUCUAGCUUGCCACAUUCCGGUACAUACUGGACUUGAGAGUCUUGUCGCAAAAGUUGUUGUGCUUAUGCUAAGGACUAGGGACUUGAACUCAUGAGGGGAGUAGGGUAGCCCCAUAGGAAUUGGCCGUACGUUGGUUUUGAGGUGUGCGAAGCGGGGCUUUGCUGCUGACGCACGCGCGAGGCGUCGCUACGUGUGUGUUCCUUAUGAUAUUUGCGCAUGCACCCUAUCCAUGUCUUUUUUGCGCAUGCAUUCUGUCGCGGCGCGCCGCACAUGAUCUCAGCGACGGAACCUUGGCUUCGGUACCUUCUCGGGCAGCCUUGGUUCAGCAAAAUCUUUUCGCUGGGCCCUCACGAGGCCCGUUACAGGCGUGUCAGGCCUGUUUUUCUUGGCCGCAUCGCGUGCCCUACUGCCACCACUACGGCUGCCACCUCACUAUCGCUGGCAUCGAAGCACAUAGCCCAAGCGCAUGGCGAACACACCUCCAAUGGGGCUUGGCAACCACGGGAACCGGGACUCCAAUUUUCGGCGUUGGACGACUGAAUCCGAGGAUGAUUAGGGCGCCCCGGGAGGGAACUUACCCAGGUAGGUAAUACUACUAGACGUAAAAUGAAUUGCAC